AUGUCGUCACGGAAGAAGGUCCUGUUGAAGGUUAUCAUUCUGGGUGAUAGCGGCGUCGGUAAGACGAGUUUGAUGAACCAAUAUGUCAACAAAAAGUUCAGCGCAAGCUACAAGGCCACAAUCGGAGCCGACUUUCUCACCAAGGAGGUUCUAGUCGAUGAUCGGCUAGUGACAAUGCAGAUUUGGGACACUGCAGGACAAGAACGAUUCCAGUCCCUCGGCGUUGCAUUCUACCGCGGUGCGGACUGCUGCGUUUUGGUCUACGAUGUCAACAAUUCGAAGAGUUUCGAGGCCCUUGACAGCUGGCGCGACGAGUUCCUGAUCCAGGCCAGUCCUAGGGAUCCUGAGAGCUUCCCUUUUGUUGUGAUUGGUAACAAGAUCGAUGUGGAAGAGAGCAAGCGGAUGAUCUCUUCAAAACGGGCUAUGACGUUCUGCCAGUCGAAGGGCAACAUUCCCUACUUCGAAACGAGUGCCAAGGAAGCCGUCAACGUUGAGCAGGCUUUUGAAGUCAUCGCCCGGAGCGCUCUGGCACAAGAAGAGGCAGAAGAAUUUAGUGGGGAGUUCAGCGACCCGAUCAACAUCCACCUUGAUGGUGAGCGUGACGGAUGCGCUUGUUAA